UUACAUAUUAUACAGCAGCUAGUGUAAGUGUGUGCAGCGUGUGUUGCACUAAAAAGAGAACGUGUUCAACAAAAAUUCUACCACAGUGUGACAAUAAAAAUAAGCAAAAUAUAUAUAAAAAAAAAACACACAUUAAAUUAACGUAAUAACAAUAUUUGCAAAUAGUAUGUUUUUUGAAAAUUGUUUAAAAGUUAACGUCUGCAGAAGACGCUGGCAGUGCUUGGCAACUCUGGCAAUGUUUUGACAGUUGGUUAACGCGCGCUCUCUCGGGCUCUCUCUUGGUGCACUCUCUCAAUCAGUGGCUCUCCGCUGCUGAAAAUGUUUCGUGUUGCGUUGUGUCUCGUUCGCAUUGUUUAUAAAACAAAUUAAUUAUAUUUAUUAUUAGUUUAAGUGCUAAAGUGGUUAAAUUCGGUGUGCAAUGUUGUCGCACUCGUUGCCCUAAUGCUUGAGAGCAUAAAUUAUGCUAGCUUGCAGGUCGUCGUCGUCGUGGUCGUGGUCGUCGCAGUCGCCGUCGCGGUCGCAGUCGCCAGCGUUGUCGAUGCCGAAUUCGUCGCGCCUUCAAAUGGAAAAUAUAGAUAUGCGAGAAAUGCUUAAAUAUAUGAUUACAAAUUGAAUAAAAAUAAGCAGAAAGUGUCGUUUAACGUUUAUUAUGUGUGUGCAAAAUUUAUGCAAGUGAAAUGUGUAUGAAAAAGUCGCGCGCAAAGACGUCGCAGACACCAACAGUAGCAGCAACAACAACAACAACAGCAAGAGCAAAAGCAGCAACAACAAAACGGAGAGAGGAAAGUUAGAGUGAGAGCGAGAGAGUAGCGCUGCUCUUGCUACUCAGACAAAAAAGCAAAAGCAAAAACAAAAACAACAAUAACAAAACACAAAAUCAAAAUGCGCCUUGACUAAAGGCAACAAAGACUCUAGAAGCUGCGCUCGCUUCCUCCUUCUCCGCACCUUUCCCACCACCCCUCGAAACUUAUAAUACAAAUCAUUAGCAAAUCAAGUUAGAGGGCACCAAUCAAUCACUAAUUCGCCUCACCAGCACUCUUCUGCUUAACGGCUUAACCCCUUAACACCCCUGGACACUUGGUCAGCAUGCAGGCAAAGAAACGCUACAUACUUGUCUUUGUCUCGUGCGCCUUUCUCGCCUAUUGCUACUUUGGUGGCUAUCGGCUGAAAGUGGCGCCACAUCGUCCGCGUCGCGCCCAACACGAAUCGGCCAAAGAUGGUGGCGUCCAACCGUAUGCUCAGCUGCCCAGCUUCAUGGGCUAUGAGCAUCGCAAGCCGCUGUCCAAUGACUCCAAUGCCCCACAGACUGCCAGCAAAAAGAAGCCAGCUGUUGCUGCCGCGUGCCGCAUGGAGACGUGCUUUGACUUCACCAAGUGUUACGAUCAAUUCCUAGUCUAUGUUUACCCGCCGGAGCCACUCAAUUCGCUAGGUGCCGCACCACCGAGUUCGGCCAACUAUCAGAAGAUACUCACUGCCAUACAGGAGUCACGUUAUCACACCAGCGAUCCCGCCGCCGCCUGCCUCUUUGUGCUAGGCAUCGAUACGCUGGACCGUGACUCGCUCUCCGAGGAUUAUGUGCGGAAUGUGCCAUCGCGUCUGGCGCGUCUUUCGCAUUGGAAUAAUGGACGUAAUCAUAUCAUCUUCAAUUUGUAUUCGGGCACCUGGCCAGACUACGCGGAACACUCGCUGGGCUUCGAUGCCGGCGAAGCCAUCUUGGCCAAGGCCAGCAUGAGUGUGCUCCAGAUGCGUCAUGGAUUCGAUGUCAGCAUUCCGUUGUUCCACAAACAGUUUCCGCUCCGUGCUGGCGCCACGGGCUCUGUGCAGUCCAACAAUUUUCCAGCCAACAAGAAGUAUUUGCUGGCCUUUAAGGGCAAGCGCUAUGUGCAUGGCAUUGGCUCGGAAACUCGCAACUCGCUCUUCCAUUUACAUAAUGGACGCGAUAUGGUGAUGGUGACGACUUGCCGGCAUGGCAAAAGUUGGCGCGAACUCCAGGACAAUCGCUGCGAUGAGGAUAAUCGCGAAUAUGAUAGAUACGACUACGAGACGUUGCUGCAGAAUUCAACAUUUUGUUUGGUGCCACGCGGCCGUCGCUUGGGUUCCUUCAGAUUUCUCGAAGCAUUGCAGGCCGGCUGCAUUCCUGUGCUAUUGUCCAAUGCCUGGGUAUUGCCAUUUGAAUCGAAAAUCGAUUGGAAACAGGCCGCCAUUUGGGCCGAUGAACGGCUACUGCUGCAGGUGCCUGACAUUGUGCGCUCCAUUUCGGCGGAACGCAUCUUUGCUCUGCGCCAGCAGACUCAAGUGCUCUGGGAGCGCUACUUUGGCUCCAUUGAGAAAAUCGUCUUCACAACAUUCGAGAUCAUUCGCGAACGUCUGCCCGAUUAUCCAGUGCGAAGCCAGCUUGUUUGGAAUACAGCACCAGGCGCGCUUCUUACAUUGCCCACAUUCGCCGAUAGUUCUAGAUUUAUGCCCUUUCAACUGAAUGCGAUGGGUGUGGAGCCGCGUCACAACUACACGGCUGUUAUCUAUGUGCAAAUUGGCGCCGCCCUCGGACCCAAUGCGGCGCUCUACAAGCUAGUCAGGACCAUAACGAAGAGCCAAUUUGUCGAUAGAAUACUCAUUCUGUGGGCCGCCGAUCGACCGCUGCCAUUAAAGAAACGCUGGCCACCCACUUUCCACAUCCCAUUGCAUGUCAUCGCCUUGGGCGGCAGCUCGCGUGCCGUCGCCGGAUCUCCAACGGCUCAAAGUGGGCCAGAGGCAAGGCCAAGUAUUUCACAGCGAUUCCUGCCCUAUGAGGAGAUACAAACGGAUGCAGUGCUGUCGCUCGAUGAGGAUGCCAUCCUCAAUACGGAUGAACUGGACUUUGCCUACACGGUGUGGCGAGACUUUCCCGAGCGCAUUGUUGGCUAUCCGGCAAGAGCGCAUUUCUGGGAUGAUUCCAAGAACGCAUGGGGCUAUACGUCCAAGUGGACGAACUACUAUUCGAUUGUCCUAACCGGAGCGGCGUUUUAUCACCGCUAUUACAACUACUUGUAUACCAAUUGGCUGUCGUUGCUGCUAUUAAAGACUGUACAGCAGUCCUCCAACUGUGAGGAUAUCCUAAUGAACCUGCUGGUCUCGCAUGUGACCAGAAAACCGCCGAUCAAAGUGACGCAGCGCAAGGGUUACAAGGACCGGGAGACGGGACGAUCGCCCUGGAAUGAUCCCGAUCAUUUCAUACAGAGACAAAGCUGUCUCAACACCUUCGCAGCUGUCUUUGGCUACAUGCCGCUCAUACGUUCCAAUUUGCGUAUGGAUCCCAUGCUAUAUCGUGAUCCAGUGUCAAAUCUGCGCAAAAAGUAUCGCCAAAUUGAAUUGGUUGGCAGCUAGCGUUAUGUGCAAAUUGGCAAUAGCUACAAACGUUAAGAGUACUGAGACUCCACCCCAAAAAAAAAAAACAAAAACAAACACACACACACA